AUGACGAAGCCGGACAAAGCCGCCGUGCUGGAUCUCGACAAGUGGCCGGCGGCCCAAAAGUUUGUGUCGCGAUGUGCCGAGUUCUUUGACGAGGUCAAGAAUCUAACACCGGGCAAGGACCUCGAGACGAGGCUGAACCGCGACUACGGGCCGGGCAACGCGUACUACGACGACUUUUGCGCGUACAUCAAGCAGGGCCUCGCCGAGGGGUGGGUCGCCGAGACGGAGAUCGCGGGCCCGCACUACCGGCGGGGCCGGAUAUCGCCGCCGACGGAGCGGACGCACUUUCUGAGCAUCACGACGGUGUACAUGGACGGCGGCGUCGUCGUCGAGGAGGGGACCAAGGUCGAGGACGAGGACGGGGACAAGGACGGGGACGGGGACGGCGUGCUGCGCGGGCAGUACCACCAGCACCCAUACGGGGAGAUCAACUGCGUGGUGGCGCUGGACGAGGGGGCGGAGCUCAAGGGCAUGCAGGGCUGGCAGGGCGCCGGGUGGACGUCGCCGGGACCGGGGACGCACCACUACCCGGAGGCCCGGGGCGGGAGGCUGGUGGCGCUGUUCUUUCUGCCGGCGGGGAGGAUUUCGUACGAGGCGACGCCCGAGAUGGCGCAGCCGCACUGCGUGUGA